ACUUUACUUGAGGACCCCCUUUAUGUGGGUCUCCGUCAGAAAAGAACAACUGGAAAACUCUAUGAUGACUUCGUGGACGAAUUUAUGCAAGGAAUUGUUAAGCGCUACGGCCAGAACACUCUUAUACAGUUCGAGGAUUUCGGAAAUCACAAUGCUUUCCGAUUUUUGGAUAAGUAUCGUGGAGAAUACUGCACCUUCAAUGAUGACAUUCAAGGUACUGCAAGCGUUGCCGUUUCCGGUCUACUGGCCUCGAAGAGAUUAACCGGCAAAAAAUUAUCCGACAACAAAUUCCUGUUUCUCGGAGCCGGCGAAGCUGCCAUCGGCAUCGCCGACUUGACAGUCAAGGCUCUUGAAAAUGAAGGCCUUUCCAUCGACGAAGCUAGAGAGAGGAUAUGGAUGGUCGACAUCGACGGCUUACUGGCCAUCGAAAGACCCGAAGGCGGUUUGGAAGGACACAAAAAGUUUUACGCUAAGAAACACACGCCCAUCAAAGAUUUCGAAGCUAUCGUCAAGGAAAUCAAGCCUUCGGUUCUGAUAGGUGCAUCAGCAGCUGCUGGAGCAUUCACGCCAGAGGUUCUAAAAGCGAUGGCUUGCUUCAAUGAAAGACCUAUUGUUUUUGCUCUGAGCAAUCCUACUAGCAAAGCUGAAUGUACCGCAGAACAAGCGUAUGUCCAUACCGAUGGACGAGUGAUAUUCUCCAGUGGUUCCCCAUUCGGAAAAGUUGUUCUAGGCGAUAAAACUUUCUACCCCGGUCAAGGAAACAACGCCUACAUUUUCCCCGGCGUGGCACUUGGAGUUCUAUUGGCCGGUAUCCACCAUAUUAGCGAACAAAUAUUUUUGAUUGCAUCGGACACAGUGGCGAGUAAUGUGUCGGAAGAAGAUCUUGCCAAGGGCAGCCUCUAUCCUCCUUUGAAUUUGAUAAAGGAAUGUUCCAUGCAGAUUGCUUGCAAGAUAUUGGAUUACGCCUAUGAGGAACGUAUUGCAUCAGUUUAUCCAAAACCGAAAGACAUGAGGAAAUACGUGGAGUCUCAUCAGUACAACUACAACUACGAACCUUCGUUGCCUCAGACAUGGCCGUGGCCCAAUCCCCCCUACAUCAAAACUAAACCCAUGGACCCCAUAAAAAUAAAAGGAUAACUUUUAGAGCCAUAAUCGCUAAUAAAAUUCAUGUCAUGAUAGUAUUAAGGUAAAUUAUUUCUUAUUUUUUAUGAAAUUCACUUGUGAUUCAAAUAUUUAUUAGUACAUUGGCAUCUCUUGGUUUACAUGAAUGUACAUAGAGUGCUGUGCCAUAAUAAAUUUUCAUUAUGUUGUGUACUUAACGGGAAAAUCGUAACGAUAAGUAUUAUAAUCUGUAUAUUUUAUUGAUUUGAAUGAUUUAUUUUUAUCAAUUUGCGUAUUAGCAACAGUAUUGUGCUCUGGUCAAUUAUUUCCUUUCCUUGUAUUUAUUCAAAGAAAGUUAUUAAAUGUUAUGACACUGUU